UGUGCAUGUCCGGACUGAUCCUCCCAUCUCCCUGAUAGGUCUUGGAUUUACGAACUUCCUCCACUCCCCCGAUUAUCCGGCCCAGCAGAAUUCCAACACAGUUCAUUGUUGAUGGUUGGAAUCAUGGAAAGUGUUUCGAUAUAGACUGCCUAAGAUCCGUGCUGCUUCAACUCUUGGAUCGGCGCGGAAUUUGAUUCUUUAAAGAGCACAGACGUCCUUCACCGCAUUUUUAGUUUUUCUUUGAAUCCCAUAGUAUCACUUUAUGAUGCCCUUUUCCCGAGACUUGUCGGAUCAGGGCCGCCUGGUUCACGUCUCUCAUGCGGAGAUGCCGGAGGCCACUAAUCUUAUACAGUCCCAUCUUAUGACGGCCUCCCCAAAGUCGUUGUCUCGCCGCGUCUCUGAGGAGAGCAUCAGGACCGAAUUCUGCGAGGGGCCAGUCGACAGCCCGUAUAGCCCAGCCACUCCUGAGAGGAAGCUCCCCAGUGCCUUGGUGUAUGAUCGAGCCGAGCUCAUUCAUCGCUUGAAGAGGAAAGAAAGUCCAACUUGGGUGCCCGGUCGCCAUGUUGAGUCCCGGCUCUAUGAAGACGAAGUACAGCCAUCCCAACAGAUACCUCAGACGUCGAUUUCAAACGGCUCAUGCUUGCUUCCCCCGCCUGCAAUUGCCGAAGAGAAACAAGAUGGCAAAUGGGGUCUAACGGAUGUAAAGGCUGCUGGACAGCUCGAGUCCGGACUUGGCAUCGAACGCCCACGCUCUGCCCUUCACAGCGGAGAUUUUACACCAGAUGAUCAAACGUCCGAUCCACGAGACAGACAAGAUGCUACUCAGCCACGGGAAUCCCAUGACUUCAGGCAUUUCAAAGACUCAUGGACCUCCAGAGACCCUACGUCGUUGCCCUUUUCACGGCAGGUAAUGGAUUAUAGAAAGGAGGCAUUUGGUUCACCCUCUUCCUCACUUUCUUCAUCUCUCUCCACAAGUUUUGCUUACAAACUCCCCACCAGUCCUUUGGUGCAUACAGAAAGUCGCGAGGAUAUUGAAUCGGAGACAUCUUCGGAUGGGAUCACCUCCGGAUCCCCCAAUUUGCGAAGACAUACAAUAAACUGGGCUCAAGGUUCUUCUCUGAGCCACGGAGGCAUGUCAAGGCAUACGCCGCCACACAGAGAGCGUGCGCUUCCAUACCAAGCACAUCAACCCCGUCGCUCAUUAGCGUCGCUGUCAGGCCUUUCGAUACCAAGCUCUUCCCCUCAAACGCCUUCCAUGUUUCGAUCAAGGCGUCUAUCUCACAGCUCCGAAGGCUCUCCCCUACAGCAUGCAUCAAUGGUUGGGUCUUAUGAAGAAAGUAUUCUCAGGGGACGAAUGUCAACGACGCCUUCCAAACCCUUGGAGUUCAUGGCGCAAAUUGGCGUCCUAGGUCUUGGGAAGUGCAAGCCGAACUUGCGUUGCCCAUCUCAUGUCACUUUGCCAUUUUCAGCUGUCUUUUAUCGUUAUUCCAGCACUGUCCAUGGCAGGAGUAAAGGAGAGGAUGGGCCGAGUCCCUACGUGGGCCAAAUCGACCUGGAGAACGGAUUGCCGAAUCCAGAGGAGUUGCAACGGUCCAAACGGAAGCAACAAUCAAGGCAUGCCGGACGAAAGUCACCAGAUGACGACCGAAUUGUUCAUGAUAUUGGGGACGAAGCUUUAGGGGGCGAUGGUCAGAGACUCGAAAAGACUAAGAAAACGUCACGGUCUCCGAAAUCGCCUCCUGGUGGCUCAUACCGCAUUCCAGAGAAGGGACAACUCCAGAUCAUCAUCAAAAACCAGAACAAAACAGCUGUCAAACUCUUUCUGGUUCCAUAUGAUCUGACAGGCAUGGAAGCGGGCACAAAAACGUUCAUCCGCCAGCGGAGCUACUCUGCGGGGCCCAUCAUUGACGGUCUUAAGAGUACGGUGCCGGACGGCCCUCCUAUUCUUCGGUAUUUGAUCCAUCUUCAUAUUUGCAGCCCGUCAAAAGGUCGUUUUUAUUUGUACAAGGACAUCAGAGUCGUAUUUGCCAAUCGGGUCCCAGAUGGCACUGAGAAGCUUCGCAACGAAGUUACAUACCCAGAGCCGCGGUACAUGCCAUACAAAGCGUUGCGAACAGGUCAUAUAUCGUCUACGCCAACCAAUAACGCUAUCGCUACAAAACGGUCGCAGCAUGCUCCGAGUUUGGCUGCCGGUAGACGUGAUGAGAACCAAUCCCACAUCCGCCAGCCAAGUCAAGACGCAGGAUAUCUCAACACUUGUCUCCAUCUCCCCCGACCAGCAGCCAUAGCGGCUGACGGUGAUGCCAUGACCGGACUUGAGCUGACGGAACCUCCAGCUCUGUUGGGUAGAUACGACAAGCUCAACAGGGGAGACGUUGGAUAUGGCGGUAAUCCUUUUGGCCAUGUUACAAAUGGGCGCCCUGGGUCGGCAGAGAGUCUUCUAUCAAAGCGGCUUCGGUCAUUGGGUGUACAGAGUCUUGUGGCAGAUGAUGCAGCAGAAAAUGUGGUCAACGGACCGGUCAGCAUAUUACAGGAACGACUGGAGAACGGAAGCCGAGAUGGUCCAUACGUUCCCGAUUUUGGAAAACCAGUUGGGAAGGGCGAAGAGAGACAUUGCGUCGGCACCAUGUAGUUUUGGAUGAGCUCGGAUGAACUGGAUUGCACGAUAUAUACUUGACUUUUAUACAUGAAGCUGUACGCCGAGUGUACUUAAUGUCAUGUAGAUGCGGAAGUACUGUAAGUGUACUUAAAUGCAGGUACCCCUGACCAAUGACGAGACUAUGUGGGGUGAAUUGGUCGAACCCUGGCUCUUCAAGCUGCGACCCUGAACACUCUG